UACAGGAUUAUAAUUACAACGUAAUCUAUGUCGAGAGUAGGAAGACAUAUUAUAGCAUUUCAUUAGAUUUCUCCCGGCCGCUCGCCCCAUUUAAAGUAGGCGAGAGUGAGUGGUACAGUCCACCCCCUACCGUGUAGCCUAAUGUUUUUCCACUUGGCAGAAAGCGGUCGAAAGACGAAGUUAGUCAUUUAUUUGAUAAUGGGGAAUGUUUUGUAAAACAUUUUAACUAUUCAGCCUGUAUCUGAUGUAUGAGCUUACUGAGUUUAUUUUGUAAAAGCGAGAAACUUGAGUGGGAGCGUAAAAGAGGCGGAAAAUGGCCGUUAGCCGCGUCCUUUGAAGUAUUUUUGCUGUGAUCUUUUCCUCUGGGUUGGAGCCACUAAAUGCAGAGCGAGGAGCGGCCGCUUAUUGAGCGGAACAGCCUGAUGUUUUCUCCGGCUCAGGAGGACACCUGUGCACCCACCAAAGACCCUGUAAAGUACGGAGAACUGGUUGUUCUCGGGUACAAUGGAUCCCUCCCUAACGGAGACCGUGGAAGGAGGAGGAGCCGUUUUGCCCUCUACAAGAGAGUCAAGGCCAACGGCGUUAAACCAAGCACCGUACACAUCCUCAACAACCCACAGGCCAGCAAGGCUGUAAACUGUAAGGGCCAGCACAGUAUCUCCUAUACUCUGUCUAGAAACCAGACUGUGGUUGUAGAGUACAGCCAUGACAAAGACACAGACAUGUUCCAGAUUGGGCGAUCGACAGAGAGUCCCAUUGACUUUGUGGUGACGGACACUGUGUCUGGUGGUGCAGACGGCGAGGACUCUCCCAUCACACAGAGCACCAUCUCACGCUUUGCCUGUCGGGUGGUGUGUGAACGCAACCCUCCGUACAUUGUACGCAUCUAUGCUGCAGGCUUCGACUCUUCCAAGAACAUCUUCCUAGGGGAGAAAGCAGCCAAAUGGAAGAAUCCAGAUGGCCAGAUGGACGGACUGACAACCAAUGGUGUGCUGGUGAUGCAUCCGCGUGGUGGCUUCACAGAAGAGUCCAAGCCUGGUGUGUGGCGAGAGAUAUCUGUGUGUGGAGAUGUAUAUACACUGAGAGAGACUCGAUCUGCACAGACAAGAGGCAAAUUGGUGGAUAAUGAGAGUAAUGUACUGCAGGACGGCUCUCUGGUGGACCUGUGCGGUGCCACGUUAUUGUGGCGCACGGCCGAAGGUCUCUUUCACGCACCCACGCAGAAGCACCUGGAGGCACUGCGCCAGGAGUUGAACGCUGCCCGGCCCCAGUGUCCUGUGGGCCUCAACACCUUGGCUUUUCCCAGCAUGCAGCGGUCCAGUCGGGCACUGCCCAGUAUCGCCCAGCAGCAGGACAAGCAGCCGUGGGUGUACCUGGCAUGUGGGCACGUGCAUGGCUACCAUGAGUGGGGCCACAGCUCAGAGCGUGAACCUAACGGCAAACGCGAGUGCCCCAUGUGCAGGGCUGUGGGGCCUUACGUGCCAUUGUGGCUAGGUUGUGAGCCAGCCUUCUACGUGGACUCAGGAGCGCCUACGCAUGCCUUCGUACCUUGUGGUCACGUCUGCUCUGAGAAGUCGGCCCGCUACUGGUCUGAAAUUCCUUUACCGCAUGGUACCCACGCUUUCCAUGCCGCAUGCCCGUUCUGUGCCACGCAGCUCCAUGUCACACAGGGAUGUGCUAAGCUCAUCUUCCAGGGCCCUGUAGACUGAGUGUGCAGGACAGAGUGGAGCAGAUACAUGAGGAUUGGUUGGAUUCAGAUGGAGCAUGGAUAAGAACUGUAAAAGGAAAAAAAAAAAGAACACAGCGAAGGACUGUGGCACACCACAAGCCAUGAAGCCAUGCUCAUAUACUCAAAUACUACUUCCAGUGGAAAUUUUUUUUUUCCCAUCACUGUAAUAUCAGAGGUUACCUUGGAGAUUGGCAAGACUGUUGGACAUGACAAUGAAGCAGUCUUAUUUAGCAUAAGCUGUUGGAUGAGUUAGUCCACAGGUAUUGUAUCCCAGCAGCACUGUGAGAACACUUUCAGAUGCCCUUUUGAGCAUUUCCUUGGUACACUGAUUUUUAACUAUGUAAUGGAAGAAGCAGCAGGUGAGUUUAGUAACCACCAAGUUAUAAUAUAAUUAAGACUUCAGCUUUUUGGGGAUUGUUUUUCCAUUAACCAAUAGUCUAAUACAGUAUUAAAAUUUACAGAAUUAAAUGAUUGAGAACUAUAUUUGCUUUGGACUUAAAGUACCAAAAUUUGGUUUUCCAAAGAUAAAAUGGCUGCUAAAACUGGACUAUUCUUGCCAGAUCAAGGACAAAAAUGGAUCACUCUCAAUCACUGCUUGAUCACGAGCACAAUUCUGCAUUAUUAAAAUAGGUCUAAGGGGUUUAUAGUUUCUAGGCAGUUUUUUGUUUUGAACAAUUAAUGUCUCUGACCUGUAAGGUUUCCUGAUGUAGAGUUUUUGAUUCAGGAAUUUUAUUGUACUGUAACUUGUGAACCAUUUUUGUUGCUAGUGAAGGAACAGUAUGCAGGCAGGUUUGAUCGGGAACAUCCACAUCCCUGUAAAUAACAUCCAUAAUGUAGACGUUGCUUUAAACCAAAACCUAUAAACUUGGUGAUUUUGGAAGUUUGACAGCUGUGGAACGAACAGGCUGUCGGCCACUGAUGAGCCGGUUUCCCACUUCUUAUUGAUUCCAAUUUUCUCACCAAUGAAAAUUCACUUACUAAUAGGAUGUGAACUUGUUUUAUAAAAUGAAAGAAACUUGUCUUCUAUUUUCUUAACCUUUGUACCGAGAAAGAUUUUAGAUCUGGCAAAUGGGGGAGUUUUUUUUAACAGUCAUUUGAAUGAGUUAUUUUAAUCAGAAAUGGGGUUAUUGCAUUUUAAAAACAUUAUAAAAGAUUUAAUUCAAAGUAGCCCUGUUUUGUCUUUCAUUUUUACUACAGAUGCAUUUUUACUACCAUUAUAUGUAGUUUUUUUUUUUUUUUUUAAACAGAAAAGUUUAUCUUGUUAACCUGAGUUCAAUACUGUAAAAAAAAAAAAAAAAAAAAAAGCUAUUGCGGUGGUAAUAACAAAUUAUCUGGCCAAUAUUAUGUCAAAAUUUGCAACCGUGAGCAAGCAGAGUGAUUCCACAGUGUUGCUGAAAACAGACAGCAGAGAUGUAAAGCUACUCUUUGUCCCAGGUGGCUAUAAAUGAGAUUUCUUCUUAAAUGUUACUCAGAUUUCUCUUGUUUAUUACUUUUUAUGGCCACAGUAUGGCGCUGCUGCCAAAGCAAUUGGAUAAACUGAAACUUUAAAAGCUGAAGCUUUAAAAAUACACCAAAAUAUUUCUGGAGAGAAAUGUCAGUGACUGGGUCAGAGGAAGCCAAAAAAGAGGAAACUCUAAACAAAUAGCACUGAGUGAAUAAACAAUGGAUAAAAAUGCCUAUUUUAAAGAAAUAAUCUCCUCUGCAGUUUCUAUGUAAGAAUAAUGCAGUGUAUUUUCACUAGGAAUCCAUUUUUGCUUUUUUUCAAAAAAUGUGUCCUAAUAUUUUCCCUGUGCGAGACGCUAUGAAAAUAUCUGUUUUAAAUGGUUUUACGAGAUAUGAUUUAAAGAAAAAUGUCUGCUUUGAAAGAACCCUUUGUCUAAAUAUUAAAUGUACACAAAACAGUUCUAAUUUAGACCUGGCGCUUAAGAACCCAAAAAUCGUUUAUAAAUGUAUCCUGACAGUUGGCCAUCUGUACAUCAGAGUGUGCAGUAUAGUUCUCAAGAAACCCCAUAUGUGAAAAAGCUUUAUAGAAUGUCAUCCACAUUAUCAAUUAUGUAGUGAUUAGCUUAGCUGUCAUUUUCACAUCAUUGCUCUCUAUAAAUAAAGGCAUAUAAAAGGAUUUAGAUUUCAAACCUACUGUUUAGCUGCUAUGAAAAGAAGGGAUCAGUAAUGUGUCAUGAUUGCUAAUUAACAUUUUCUUCUGUAGAUAAUGGAGAGGGGGGACGAGUGUCUCAGUCCUACUCAAUGCUGUUUUUGUGAAUGACAAUGAAUAUGCUAAAGGUGACUCUAUGCUUCUUCCAGAAAUCUGGACUUGGCUUGGUUUCACCUAAAAAUUAAAAUUACACCAUUCUGA